CCACAAACACCUGGGGAGGGGAGGCGCCAAAUCUUGCUCACGUUCAUGGCGGUUCACAUUGCCAAUUCUUCCAAUGUCCUAAUCUCGAAUCGGUACAAUGUGAGCCUUUCUCUCCAUCUUCGAUUACUUUGCUGGAAUGAGUUCGCAAGUUAUCUGUACAUAAACCAUUUUCCGGAGUGUUGGCCGCGGUCGCAAAUCCGGUCAAUGACGAGCAGUAAACGCGUUCAAGAUAGAAGCCACUUGAAGAGGGUGCAUGCGCUUGAAAUAGCGACAGAGAAGUGGAAGAUAGCGUAUAAGGUACUCUUCUUGAUGGAAACCCUCAGGCAAGAGCCCGAGAUGAUAAUUCCAGUGAGGAACUUAGAGCAAUUCCGGAGGCAAAUCAAUCUUCCGAAACCGCACAAAGUUUCGGACUUCAUUCGAAAAUCGCCGAAACUGUUCGAAUUGUACAAGGAUCAAAGAGGCGUAUUGUGGUGUGGAAUGACUAAACAAGCCGAAGAUUUGGUGGAAGAGGAGGAGAAGAUAAUUGAACAACAAGCCGACAAGGCUGCCGAGUAUGUUACCAGGUUUUUGAUGAUGUCCCUGGAUAAGCGGCUUCCGGUUGACAAAAUUGCUCAUUUCAGAAGAGAUUUUGGGCUUCCAAUUGAUUUUCGAGCCAAAUGGGUGAAUAAUUAUCCCGAAUUAUUCAAGGUUGUGAAAUCAGAGGAUGAAACUGAAUAUUUGGAACUUGCUUCUUGGAAUCCUGCCUGGGCAGUUACAGAGUUGGAGAAGAGAGUGAUGGGUGUGACUGAGAGUACUGCUACUCAUACCCCAGGAUUGCUUUCAAUUCCAUUUCCCUUGAAAUUUCCUCCCAAUUACAAGAAAAUAUAUAGAUAUGGAGGGAAAAUUGAUCACUUCCAGAAGAGAUCUUAUUUGUCCCCUUAUGCCGAUGCCAGAGGGCUUAAAGCUGGUUCACUUGAGUUUGAUAAAAGGGCAGUUUCUGUUAUGCACGAGUUGCUUAACUUUACUAUUGAGAAGAGACUCGUUACUGACCACCUUACCCACUUUAGGCGGGAGCUUGUGAUGCCUCAAAAGCUGAUGAGACUUCUUUUGAAGCAUGUUGGCAUAUUCUAUGUCUCAGAGAGGGGAAAAAGAUUUAGUGUUUUCUUAACAGAAGCUUAUGAAGGUCCGGAGUUGAUAAAUAAAUGCCCUUUGGUUCUUUGGAAGGAGAAGGUAAUGAGCCUUGUUGGUUAUAGAGGAAAGAAAAAGAAGAUUGAAACUUUUGAUGACAUGUCUGAAAUGGAGUAUAAUAGUUUGGCUGAGGAUGACUCUGACUCUGAGCAGGAUACGGGUUGUUUGAAAGUGAAUGCAUUAGAUGCCAAUACCAAUGACGUGGAAAUCGGGGACACUUUUAAGCAUGUAAAAGGAUUCUGAAUCAUCUCUGGGUAUUAAUUCAUCUGAUCUGAUUUCGGAAGGAAAGAAAACCAGAUGUUCGGUUCGAUUGAGUGGGAUGAGUCCCAGCCUCCUAUUUGGGAAUAAUCUAUGCAUCAGAGAAUCUCCUCUGUAGUCUGUAUCUACAUUUCUCUUGGUCCUCUAGCGUUCAAGCACAUGAGGAGUUGCAUUUGAUCAAAACCAUGAAGCGGAGAUUUCUCUCAAGAAUCCUAUGCAUCAGAAUUAUUUAACACCCAGAGGGAUGGAACUGCAUGGGAUAUCUGUGAAAUGGCUCCUCAUGUGGCGGGAUAUGCAUAGCUGUUUGUUGUUGGCUAUGCCACCUGAAUAUCAUGACAG